AUGACUAGCUUUGUGAUUAUUCCGCUAAAUUUUGGCCGAGAACAAUUACCUGAGAGACACAACAAUGAGGUUGAAUCAAAUUUAGGCAAUUAUGGUUUGAGUAAUUGGGCGAUUUUUCCAGUGCUAUUGAUAUUUUUGAUUUGCAACAACUUGGGUGUUCUCAUGACUAAUGCUUUGGAAAUAGCUAACCGCGAUGAAGCUGAGCGACCACCAAAUCCUUCAUCACCAAAUUUAUUAGCCAGCUCGCUUGCAUUACCCAACACAAAUUUGCAGAAGCAGUAUGGCGAUUGA